GUUCCGGUUCACUAAUAACAAUUCUUGAACGUGUCGAGGUUUAACGAUCAAGUAUCAACUGCAUCUGGAUUUUUCUAUAAAAAGUAAAUUCGUGCCUUCCGAACGUAUACAUUCGUCGACCAUCACUUGCCGAAGAAUCAUAGUUUAGCAAAUUAAUCGUCGCCCAAUCAAAGUACUAUAGAAAAAUGAAUUCCACCUUGAUUUUGAUCGCAAUCUUUGGUUUUAUUACACUGGUUCCUGCCACACCACAGGAAAAGGCCAGCAGUGCAGAGGAAACUUCUAGGGACAAACGUGGUUACGAAAAUGAAUACGUAACUGGCGGAGGUUAUGGAAGUGGACACGCAGCUGGUUCCGUGGGCGCUGCUGCGAUUGCCCAGCAAGCUGCCAACAUUGCAAAGGCAGCUCAUAAUGCACAGUACGCCGCUGGAGCCCAGGCUGCGCACCAGGCUAAAGCUACCCUUGCCGCUCAGGCGACUUUGGCUGCCCAACAAGCUCAAGCAAUUGUAGCUGCAAAGCAAGCUCAGGCCGCCCAAAUAUCUCAAGCGGCGCAAGCAGCACAGGCCGCCGCGUUUGCGGAAUCGGCACAGGCUGCUCAAGCUGCCCAAGCUGUUCAGGCAGCUGAAGCAACCAAAUUACAGGCUCUUCAACAGGCUCAGGCGCUGACUUUGGCAGCAAAAGCUGCCCAAACCCACGCUGCUUCCGCCAUUGCUUCCUUACAUGCUGCCCAGGCUCAACAAGCCUCACAGUCCCAAAUGGCUUAUCAAGCGCAAGCAAAUGCACAAGCUUUACUUGCCAAACAUCAGUCUGCUCUAGCUGAUCUCGCCGGUGCCCAACUUGCGGCCAAUAAGGCUUAUUCUGCUGCCCAGGGUGCGCAAGCUAACGCUGUUGUAGGAAAUGGACAUGCCCAGGGAUCGUAUACAACAACAGUGCAGAAAACCAUUAGCCACGUAUCUGCUGGUUCACAUUAUUAAAAAGUGAAUUAAAACGCCCAAAACUUAACCUUUUCCUUUAAUGUAACGCAUUUCAACUCAUCGCUGAAAAGCGCGCUCUUUUUUAGGGGCUCAAAACCGUGUUCUUAAGAUAUGUGGAUCAUAAUCUCGUAUAUAGAGUAUAUUAUAUCAGCUAUGAAACUUAUCAGAAAUACAUAUUAUUAGAGCAUGA